CCGGCUCUAAGAUGUAUGGUCCCUCUGGGUCCUAUUGGGCUCCAGACUGCAGUCCUCUGUGGGGUGAGGGGAGUGGAGUGGCCUGGGGUUUUGUUUGGCAAAGCCUGCCUGUUAUCCGGCCCAGGCUGUUUCCAGGGCAUUAUAAAUCGCAUCGGCUUGGGAAGGAGGAGUCGCAGAUGUGGCCAAGGCAAAGUAUAUGGGAAGGUGGGAGAUUUGAAAUGAAGGACUGACUCAAGGCUUUUGGGCCAAAAUACAGGCUGGGGCCGUCUCCAUGGCAAUCAGACACCAGGGAGGGCUCAGCCGUGAUGCCUCUGAGGUGGAAGCCCUGACUUGUAAGCCAGAAAGAGCCCGUGCUCAGUGGCCUGUGGGUCAGUGCUGCCUCGCUCUAUUUGCUUCCAUCUGCCUCUUUGCAGACAGACCUGGGCUGCUGCCUAAACUGAGGGGAUUGAGCAGAGCUUGAACAACGUUCCGGGUCUAGAGAGUUAAACAGAAGAAAACAUGCUGCCCCCUCUCCUUCAAACCCCCAGCCUCACUGUGUGCCCUGGUGUAGCCUUCGCUCCAUCUGAGAGGGAGGUCGAGAGGAAAAGGGAGGGAACUCUUUCCUUUUGUUCUGUUCUAUUGUAAUUCGGGUAUGAUUUACAAACAGUGCAAUGCACAAAAUGUUAAGUGUCCCUUCUGAUGCAUUUUUGGCAAAUGAAUCAUCUGUGUAACCCGCACCCCAAUCAAGAUAUACAUCUUGGGAGUUCCUGGGUGGCACAACCAGUUAAGUGCUUGGCUGGUAACUGAGAGCCUGUUCGUUCAAACCUACCCAGAGGUGUCUCGGAAGAAAGGCCUGGCAAUCUGCUUCCGAAAAGUCUCAGCCAUGAAAAGCCUGUGGAGCACAGUUCUACUCUGCAACACAAAGGGUCACCGUGAGUUGGAAUUGACGCAACGGUAACUGGUUAGGAUAAAACACACCAGAGAAGUGAAUCAAUAAGAUAUACACAUUUCCAUCAGCCCGUAAGUUUCCCUUUCCUGUCAGUGAGCCCCCUCCCAACCGCUGUUUUGCUGUCCUGAUUUUUAUCACCAUAGAUUUGCUCGCCUGUUCUUGAACUUCAUAACGGUGGAUCAUACAGUAUGUUCUAUUUUGUGUCUGACUUCUUUCGCUCAACCUAAUAUUUUCGAGAUGCAUCCAUGUUGACUGUUGUAGUUGGUUCUUUUUAAUUUCUGAUAUGUGACUAUGCCACAGUUUGUUGAUGGAUGGAACCCUUUGAUUCCGUGAAUUGUCCUGCACCAGCAUUGGUAGGAUUCACAUGUAUCAGGCAUCAGUAGGAUGUCCACCAGCUUUUGUGUGCUGAGAGCUAAGAUGAGCUGGUAGGCCCUUAGUGUAGUCUUUGCUGUCUUUACAGUGUUAGCUCCUUUGUUCCCAGACCACUUCCCCACUUUUGUGGCUUCUGCCAAAAGGCCACAGUGCCUUUUCUUUCCCUCAUGGACUCGGAGCCACCUCUACCCACUAAGGCUAGAAAGUUCAGCUCACUGGCUGAGAGACCACUGGUUUCUCCCUAAAGCAGAAAACUGUUCUCCAACCUCAGCUGAGCUGGUGUGUCUCAGUGGGCAGGCCUGUCUGGCCCUGCACGUGCAGAAUGGAGGGGGCUUGUGCAGGCCUUUAGCCUGUAGAUGGUGGGAAGACACUGGGGACUCAGAGCAGGGAAGUGACAUGGGGAAGUCAUAUCUUAACAGGAGGACGGUCCCAGUGGCAGGGACCACGUCUUUUUUCUUCACUGAUGGGAAUCCAGCACCUAGCACCGAAGCUGGCACAUAGUGGCCAUCGAAUAAGGAGGUACGGCAUGAACUAGUGGACUGGAGAAGGGAGAGGGGCCAGGAGUCCUCUGUCACAUUCCUCAUGUGGAAUGUCUGAACUGGGAUGGCUCUGCUGGGAAAAGAAGGAAAGAGUGGGUGUGAGAGAUUUUUUACAAAGAAACCCCAACAGGACGAAUGACUGUUGAACACGGGAGGAAUAAUGGGUGGGAGGAGAGGAUCAAAGAACCAUGCAGUCUUUUUGGGAGAGCACAGACUGAGAGGGCAGGAAUUUGAGUCUAGCUGACCACUAAGUAUGUAAUCUGGGUAAGUCAUUUAACCUGCAGUUAUGGAUUGCCUGGUGUGAUUUUAGCCAGGGACCUGCUUUUAACUUUCUGGGUGACCUUAUUCGAAUCUCUUUCCCUCUCUGGGUUUCAGUUUCCUUAUCUACAAAAUUUGAUCUCUUAAGUUCUCUCUAGGUCUAAAUUCCAUAACGCUUUGCCCCUGGGCCUUUGAGUCUGGGAACCUGGGAGUGUUGAGAGGCCCCCAACAGCUAUGGGAAAGUCAAGAGAGGGAACUAGUUUGGGGGCCAGAAAGUGCUUCCUCUAGGUCCUUCCCCUCAUUGGGAUUCCCAGUUUUCCUCCUCUGGUCGCUGGGACCCAGGAAAGUCCAGAGCAUCCCAUCCUUACCCCCUCAGUGGUGACCCCUCACCUCCACAAGCCCCAGAGAGGGAGAGGCCUGCUAUGAAUAGUGCUCUGGAAUCAAAGGCCCUCUUCCCUUGCAGGAAACACAGCGGCCUAAUGGGGCAGGAAAAAGGUGUUUCCGAAAGGGAGGCCAGAAGAGGGUGGAGGGGGAGGUGGGCGUUUGGGAGCCAGAUGAGUUCCCGGGUGCUGGAGGAGGGAUGCUGUGACAGUGGCUGGGAGGGGGCUCAGUGGGCAGGGUUAGUGCCAGCUUAUAGGGCUGGUUGGCACAUGGCUCUGCCACCUAAGAACCCCAUGAGAACAGCCAGGGAGAAAGGCCGAAGGGGUCUUGGGCUGGGAGAUGGAGGAUUUCAGAUCUACAGAAGGACUGAAAGUGCCACAUUCAUUAAUUCACGGAUCCAGUCAUUCAUUCACCAAGCUUUUCCCACAGUUUAGGACUGUGCUAGGUGUAAGGAUAAGCAAUGUAAGGCUCAUUUAUAAACAAUUGGUAAGCAAGAUAAUUAUAUCCCAGUUACUCCCCAGGGCGGUAGGAGGAUGGAGGAGGGAAUUGCAGCCACUGGAGGGGGCAAGAAAGGCUCCUGGGAGGUGGGUGCCAUUGGGCUUGCAGGAAGUAAGUCAGGCAAAGAAUGGGUGGGAAGGUCAGGGGGUGGAAGGGCAUUCCAGGCAGAGGGUGAGAAAUACCAGGACUUUUCAUCUCUUCUCCCCUAACCAGUUAGCAUGGAGUCAGUUCAACUCAUGGGGACCCCACGUGUGUCAGAGUAGAACUGCACUCCACAGAGUUUCCAAUGGCUGAUUUUUCAGAAGUAGAUCACCUGGACCUUCUUUCGAGGCACCUCUGGGUGGACUCAAACCUCCAACCUUUCAGUUAGCAGCGGAACGUAUUAACCGUGUGUAUCAAAGCCCCAUCUUCUGUCCAUCCUGGGCCACCAGCAGAGGUCUAAGAGCAGCCCUUAACCCCUUCUCAGAGACCUAGCAAAUACCUGGAGCCCUGUCUCUGGAGAAUGGCACCCCUCCUGGCCAGCAAAGAGUAUCAUACCAUCUUCUGUAUUGAAAAUGUGUUAGACUCUCAAAUGCCAUCUCACUGAAGAGCCCUCAAAAAUCAGUAAUCUUCCCCUGUGAAAACAGAGGCUUAAUUCACCUCAGGCUUCUGCAGUGGCGAACUUCACAGCGAAAGCUCAGGCCAGCAGGCCCGUCUGUGGGGCGGAGGGUGAUGGGGAGUCAGGCCGGGAGCUGCAGCCCUGACUCCUGCCUCCCUGCUUCUCCACAAUCCUGCCAGACGGCAGGGCCCCCCUUAAUGGCUGGAGGGGGCCGAGAUGAAAACAGGCUGUAGUUUCUGCUAGGAAACCCCAGAGAAAUCUGCUGUGGUGUCAAGUUGAGAUUUUGUUGUGUUCCCACGCCACCAGCAGUGUUGUUGAAACAUUUCCAUCCCACACACUUAGCCAGGGUCGAGUGUGAUUAGUACCCAAGGCAGGGUCCUGGCACCCUCUGAGGAGCUGGCAAGCUUCAGCCUCUGCCCUCACCCCCAUUUUGUGAACAGUGCGUAGUGAUUUUGGGGGUAUGUUCUUGUCCAGCGUCCCUCAGCCCAGCCUACAGAACAGCACUCAGUCCUGUCCUUAUGCCUGUGUGCCCAGCCAGAUAUGUGCAGUGACUUACAGGGCCUCUAGCAGGGCUGGAUUUCAGGACAUUUGUUCUCCACAGGGAGAUCACUUUCAAAGCGUCACUGUGGUCCCAGGGCUUCUCCUGUGCCAGCCACAGGAGCAACUAAGGUCAGAAAUCACUUAGCACCUCCAACUCACUCUAUACGAUCUCCAAAUUAGCACCUUCCUCUAUUGGUCAUCAAAUACAAUGGGAUAUUUCUCCAUCUUCCCAGUUUUCAAGUGGGUAAACUGAGGACAGCCACUUAGACUUGAAAGAGUAACUAAUUAAAGCCCAGGAAUAGGGGCUGGGAUCCAGCCCCUUUACUGUAAUAACGCUGAAAAACGCCAAAUGUGGUGUUUGUUCCAAUAGGAGUGGAAAGGUGAAGAGAAGCGGGGAGGCUGCAUCUACUUGUCAUUUCUGGAAUUUGCUGGAGGGUGAAAGGACUCCUCAGGGCCCUGGAAAGGAAGCUGUCUGCAUGCGGGGGCGUGUCUGAGGACAGUAAUCCUUGUCUUUGGCCUUGCUGACCAUGAAUGGGAUGGCCAAUGUGAACUCUGCCAGCCGCCCCCACUAUGCCUCCUCCAUCCCUGUGCCCCGAGCUUCUUCCCAGACCAGGAUUCAUACACCGGGCGCUUCUCCCCAGCUGCGGCCGCGCCAGGCUGGCCUGGCCCUCAGCCCCCAGAGAGCGGCCUCCCCAAGACUGGGCAAGGCAGCAGGCCCUUCCAGAAACUCCUCUCCUCGGGCCUCUCGGGGCAGAGGCUCCCCCAAGGCUGCUGGGGCAGUGAGGGAGUCAGCUGAGGGUGGUGAAGGCCUCUCUGGCUCCCCAUGGAGCAGCCCCAGGGUAACCCCGAAAGCAGCCCUCCCCAGCUGGGCUGGGCCCAGAAGAGCUGGGGAGACACAGAGCAGCCAGGGCAAGAAGAAGAAGGCCCAGGAAGGGAUUCCGAUCUGCCAGGCCCGGGGCAGGAGCCCAUCCCGCACAAGCUCUCAUGGAGAAACCCAAAUACCAGCAGCUCCUAUAGGUCGAAAGCCUCCUAACUGCCCAGGAAAAGACCAAAAAGAUGUAAACUUCAGAAGUUCUGGGAUCCCCAGGCCCUUAGAGCAUGAUGAGGGGGCCGCUUCUGGGGCUUCUUCUCCAGUCAGCAGCCCAGUGCAGAGCAAACGGCCCUCCCCGGCCCCAGGGACCAUUAGCUUCUCUUCCGUUCAUCAGCAGAGUCAACCAGUCACAGCCACAGUGGCCCCCUUCCAGUACAGGCUGCAGGCAGACCAGGAGCCUGGCCCUUUUCCCCAGAGCAGCUGGGCCCUCGAUGGCUCCUCCAGCCCCACUGGUGGAAUUGAGGAGAGCUUCUCCUGCAUGGUGCCUGCAGACGCGCGGAUCUUCCAUGCGCUCCUUGAGGGCAGAAUGCUGGGCAGCAGCGUCAAGACCGUGCAGCCUGAGGUGGAGCUGAGCGGCGGCGGCGACGAGGGCGCAGACGAAACGCGGGGCGCGGGCAGGAAGGCGGCCGCGGACGGCAGAGGCAUGCUCCCCAAGCGCGCCAAGGCGCCCGGCGGUGGUGGCGGCAUGGCCAAGGCCAGCGCGGCUGAGCUGAAGGUCUUCAAGUCGGGCAGCGUGGACGGUCGUGGCCCCGGCGGGCCGCCGGCCUCCAACCUGCGCAAGCAGAAGUCGCUCACCAACCUCUCAUUCCUCACGGACUCUGAGAAAAAGCUGCAGCUCUAUGAGCCUGAGUGGAGCGACGAUAUGGCCAAGGCGCCCAAGGGUUUGGGCAAGGCGGGGCCCAAGGGCCGUGAGGCUCCGCUCAUGUCCAAGACUCUGUCCAAGUCGGAGCACUCGCUCUUCCAGGCCAAGGGCAGCCCGGCGAGCAGCGCCAAGACCCCUCUCGCACCGCUUGCGCCCAGCCUGGGAAAGCCGAGCCGCAUUCCGCGCGGCCCCUACGCUGAGGUCAAGCCGCUCAGCAAGGCUCCCGAGGCGGCUGUGAGCGACGAUGGCAAGUCGGACGAUGAGCUGCUCUCCAGCAAGGCCAAAGCACAGAAGGGUUCCGGGCCAGUGCCCGCCGCAAAGGGCCAGGAGGAGCGCGCCUACCUCAAGGUGGACCCGGAGCUCGUGGUGACCGUGCUGGGCGACCUGGAGCAGCUGCUCUUCAGUCAGAUGCUGGGCAGAUACAUCUCUCUGAGUCUCCCAGCUGUCUGGUCAGCAGACCUAGCCCACAAAGGGGCCCUUGUCUGGGAGUUCUCAUGGGGAACCGUGCCACUAGUCACAGUCCUGAUGGCCACCUUUGUCGCUGACCCAGAGUCCCAGAGAAAGAGAACAGUACAGAAUGUCCUGGAUCUUCGCCAGAACCUGGAGGAGACCAUGUCCAGCCUGCGAGGGUCCCAGGUGACGCACAGCUCCCUGGAUAUGACCUGCUACGACAGUGAUGACGCCAACCCUCGCAGCGUAUCCAGCCUCUCCAACCGCUCUUCGCCUCUCUCCUGGCGCUACGGCCAGUCCAGCCCCCGGCUGCAGGCUGGCGACGCUCCUUCGGUGGGUGGCAGCUGCCGCUCGGAGGGGACGCCCGCCUGGUACAUGCACGGGGAGCGGGCCCACUACUCCCACACCAUGCCCAUGCGUAGCCCCAGCAAGCUCAGCCACAUCUCGCGCCUGGAGCUGGUCGAGUCCCUGGACUCAGAUGAGGUGGACCUCAAGUCCGGCUACAUGAGUGACAGUGACCUCAUGGGCAAGACCAUGACAGAGGUCGACGACAUCACUACCGGCUGGGAUGAAAGCAGUUCCAUUAGCAGUGGGCUCAGCGAUGCCUCGGACAACCUCAGCUCGGAAGAGUUCAAUGCCAGCUCCUCACUCAAUUCCCUCCCAACGACUCCCACUGCUUCUCGCAGGAACUCUACAAUAGUGCUACGCACAGACUCAGAGAAGCGUUCUCUGGCAGAAAGCGGGCUAAACUGGUUUAGUGAAUCAGAGGAGAAGGCCCCCAAAAAACUGGAAUACGACAGUGGGAGCCUGAAGAUGGAACCUGGGACUUCUAAGUGGCGGAGGGAGCGGCCUGAGAGUUGUGAAGACUCAUCCAAGGUUGGAGAACUGAAAAAGCCCAUCAGCCUGGGACACCCUGGUUCCCUGAAGAAGGGAAAGACCCCACCAGUUGCUGUCACAUCCCCCAUUACUCAUACAGCCCAGAGUGCCCUCAAAGUUGCAGGCAAACCUGAAAGUAAAGCUACAGACAAGGGUAAGCUUGCAGUGAAGAAUACUGGGCUACAGCGCUCCUCUUCUGAUGCUGGCCGGGAUCGCCUGAGCGAUGCCAAGAAGCCCCCCUCAGGCAUUGCUCGCCCUUCCACUUCAGGAUCCUUUGGCUACAAAAAGCCUCCUCCUGCCACAGGCACGGCCACCGUCAUGCAGACUGGUGGUUCAGCCACUCUCAGCAAGAUCCAGAAGUCCUCAGGCAUCCCUGUCAAGCCAGUAAAUGGACGCAAGACUAGCUUAGAUGUAUCCAACAGUGCAGAGCCUGGAUUCCUGGCUCCUGGAGCCCGCUCAAACAUCCAGUACCGCAGCCUGCCCCGGCCAGCCAAGUCAAGUUCUAUGAGUGUGACUGGGCGGGGUGGACCUCGCCCUGUUAGUAGCAGCAUUGACCCCAGUCUUCUCAGCACCAAGCAGGGAGGUCUUACACCCUCCAGACUGAAGGAGCCUUCCAAGGUACCCAGUGGGCGCACCACUCCAGCCCCUGUCAAUCAGACAGAUCGGGAAAAGGAGAAGGCCAAAGCCAAGGCUGUGGCCUUGGACUCGGACGGCAUCUCCCUAAAGAGCAUCGGCUCCCCAGAAAGUACUCCCAAGAACCAAGCAAGUCACCCCCCAGCCACCAAGUUGGCAGAGCUACCACCAACUCCUCUCAGGGCCACAGCUAAGAGCUUUGUCAAGCCACCUUCACUAGCCAAUCUAGAUAAGGUCAACUCCAACAGCCUGGAUCUACCAUCCUCCAGUGAUGCCCACACUUCAAAGGUCCCAGAUCUGCAUACUGCAAGCUCAGCAACUGGGACCCCUCUCCCUUCUUGUUUCACCCCCAGUCCAGCACCCAUCCUCAAUAUUAACUCAGCCAGCUUCUCCCAGGGCCUGGAGCUAAUGAGUGGUUUCAGUGUCCCAAAGGAGACCCGCAUGUAUCCCAAACUCUCAGGCCUGCACAGGAGCAUGGAGUCUCUCCAGAUGCCAAUGAGCCUGCCCAGUGCCUUUCCCAGCAGUGCUCCCAUCCCCACCCCACCUGCUCCCGCUGCUGCACCCCCAGAGGAGGAGACAGAAGAGCUGACCUGGAGUGGAAGCCCCAGAACUGGGCAGCUGGACAGUAAUCAGCGGGAUCGGAACACCCUUCCCAAGAAAGGGCUCAGGUACCAGCUUCAGUCCCAGGAGGAGACCAAGGAAAGGCGACACUCCCAUACCAUCGGUGGGCUGUCCGAAUCAGACGACCAGGCAGAACUGCCUUCUCCACCUGCACUCCCCAUGUCCUUGAGUGCCAAAGGCCAGCUUACCAACAUAGUGAGUCCCACUGCGGCUACCACGCCAAGAAUCACCCGCUCCAACAGCAUCCCCACCCACGAGGCGGCCUUCGAGCUGUACAGCGGCUCCCAAAUGGGGAGCACCCUGUCCCUGGCCGAGAGACCCAAGGGAAUGAUUCGGUCAGGAUCCUUCCGAGACCCCACGGACGAUGUUCAUGGCUCAGUGCUGUCCCUGGCCUCCAGUGCCUCCUCCACUUACUCCUCAGCUGAAGAGAGGAUGCAGUCUGAGCAAAUCCGGAAGCUUCGUAGGGAACUGGAAUCAUCCCAAGAAAAAGUGGCCACCCUGACGUCUCAGCUUUCUGCCAAUGCUAAUCUAGUGGCUGCUUUUGAGCAGAGCCUGGUGAAUAUGACAUCCCGCCUACGACACCUGGCAGAGACAGCAGAGGAAAAGGACACUGAGCUGCUGGACUUGAGAGAAACCAUCGACUUUCUGAAGAAAAAAAACUCUGAGGCCCAGGCAGUCAUUCAGGGAGCCCUUAAUGCCUCAGAAACCACACCCAAAGAACUUCGGAUCAAGAGACAGAACUCCUCAGACAGCAUCUCUAGCCUCAACAGCAUCACCAGCCAUUCCAGCAUUGGCAGCGGCAAGGAUGCUGACGCAAAGAAGAAGAAGAAAAAGAGUUGGCUUCGAAGCUCCUUCAACAAAGCCUUCAGUAUAAAAAAGGGACCCAAGUCAGCUUCCUCAUACUCUGAUAUUGAGGAGAUUGCCACACCUGACUCCUCAGCCCCUUCAUCCCCCAAACUACAGCAUGGUUCCACAGAGACUGCUUCACCUUCCAUCAAGUCCUCCAACUCAUCCUCUGUGGGCAUUGAUGUCACUGAGGGCCCUGCUAACUCGGUUCCUCACACUAGGAUCUUCCAUGCCAAUGAGGAGGAGGAGCCCGAGAAGAAGGAGGUAUCAGAGCUGCGUUCUGAACUAUGGGAAAAAGAAAUGAAGCUUACGGACAUACGCUUAGAAGCCCUCAACUCUGCCCAUCAACUGGACCAGCUUCGAGAGACCAUGCACAACAUGCAGCUGGAGGUGGACCUGCUGAAAGCAGAAAAUGACCGGCUGAAGGUAGCCCCAGGCCCCUCAACAGGCUCCACUCCGGGGCAGGUCCCUGGAUCAUCUGCUUUAUCAUCCCCUCGCCGCUCCCUGGGCCUUGCGCUCACCCAUUCCUUCAGCCCAAGCCUCACAGACACAGACCUGUCACCCAUGGAUGGCAUCAGUACCUGUGGUCCAAAGGAGGAAGUGACCCUUCGAGUGGUGGUGAGGAUGCCCCCCCAGCACAUCAUCAAAGGGGACUUGAAGCAACAGGAAUUCUUCCUGGGAUGUAGCAAGGUCAGUGGAAAAGUUGACUGGAAGAUGCUGGAUGAAGCUGUUUUCCAAGUAUUCAAGGACUAUAUUUCUAAAAUGGACCCAGCCUCUACCCUGGGACUAAGCACGGAAUCCAUCCACGGCUACAGCAUCAGCCACGUGAGGCGAGUGUUGGAUGCUGAGCCCCCAGAGAUGCCUCCCUGCCGCCGAGGUGUCAAUAACAUAUCAGUCUCCCUUAAAGGUCUGAAGGAGAAAUGCGUUGACAGCCUGGUGUUUGAGACUCUGAUUCCCAAGCCAAUGAUGCAACACUACAUAAGCCUCCUGCUCAAGCACCGGCGCCUCGUCCUCUCAGGCCCCAGCGGCACAGGCAAGACCUACCUGACCAAUCGACUGGCUGAGUACCUAGUGGAGCGCUCAGGCCGUGAGGUCACUGAGGGCAUCGUCAGCACCUUCAACAUGCACCAGCAGUCUUGUAAGGAUCUGCAACUCUAUCUCUCCAACCUGGCUAACCAGAUAGACCGGGAAACAGGAAUUGGGGAUGUACCCCUGGUGAUCCUAUUGGAUGACCUAAGUGAAGCAGGCUCCAUCAGUGAGCUGGUCAAUGGGGCUCUCACCUGCAAGUAUCACAAAUGUCCCUAUAUUAUAGGUACCACCAAUCAGCCUGUAAAAAUGACACCCAACCAUGGCUUGCAUUUGAGCUUCAGGAUGCUGACCUUCUCCAACAACGUGGAGCCAGCCAAUGGCUUCCUGGUUCGUUACCUGAGGAGGAAGCUGGUGGAGUCAGACAGUGACAUCAACGCCAACAAGGAAGAGCUGCUUCGGGUGCUCGACUGGGUACCCAAGCUGUGGUAUCAUCUCCACACCUUCCUUGAGAAGCACAGCACCUCAGACUUCCUCAUCGGCCCCUGCUUUUUUCUGUCCUGUCCCAUUGGCAUUGAGGACUUCCGGACUUGGUUCAUUGACCUGUGGAACAACUCCAUCAUUCCCUACCUACAGGAAGGAGCCAAGGAUGGGAUCAAGGUCCAUGGACAGAAAGCUGCUUGGGAAGACCCAGUGGAGUGGGUCCGGGACACUCUUCCCUGGCCGUCGGCCCAGCAAGACCAAUCAAAGCUGUACCACCUGCCACCACCCACCGUGGGCCCUCACAGCAUUGCCUCACCUCCCGAGGACAGGACAGUCAAAGACAGCACCCCAAGUUCUCUGGACUCAGACCCCCUGAUGGCCAUGCUGCUGAAACUCCAAGAAGCUGCCAACUACAUUGAAUCUCCAGAUCGAGAAACCAUCCUGGAUCCCAACCUCCAGGCAACGCUCUGAGGGUCCGGCAGUCAUUGUCACCCCGGAGAGCAGAAUGGGCUGGCCUCAGCUAUGUUAGCUCCUCCUCUCCCCCCUCUUCUUUCAGAGCACUGGCUCUCCAGCCCCAAGAGGAGAGCAGGAGGGAGGAGGAGGUGUCAGGAGAGGGACAGGUUCUUGGUGCUGCACCUUUGAGAACUUCCUAGUAAGGACUGGUGGGGUGGCGUUUGGGAACUUGCGUCCCCUAGAUACAUUUACUGGCCUGCUCUUGUGACUUUGGGGAAAAGACGAUUCUGGGUCUUUCUCCUUGAUUUCCUGUCUCAGUUACAAACUCCUGGGGCUUUCUGGAGAGGUGUGCAGAAGACAUAUAAAAAAAAAAAAAAAAAACCUGCGGCAACUCCUCAAUGAUUAUUAUGAACAACUGUGAGAGAGACAGGCCUACGUGGAGAAAUCUGAGGGCAACAAAGAGCGCCCCAUAUUUUCUCACAGACCCUUCCCAAUUCCGUCACCACUGCCAAAACUCUUCCCCCAGAGAUCUGGCUGGAGCCCAGAAAAAAAGAAGCAUGUGGUUUAAAUGAUGUUUAAAUCAAUCUAUAAAAGGAAAAAAAAAAAAAAGAUGAAGCUGGAGAGGACCCAGAUGCCAAGGUAGAGAGAGAGCUGCCUGCUCCUGCCCUCUGGAUGACAUAGGAGACAUUGACAAGAUGGCUGCCAAUUUAAGAAGUCACCAAACCCCAAAAAUAACAUUACAGCCCCGUCUUUAUACUCUCUAAUUUAACAUGCAUGAGAGAAUCAAUAAACCCUACUUUUUUGUUUUUUUGUUUUUAAUUUUUUCUCUCAUUUGCCUAUUUAUUUUCCUUUUCUCUUUUGGUUUGUUUUUUCCAUUUCCUCCCAUGUCUAUGAGAUGCUUGGAUUGCUUUUCCAGGGGCUGGACUGCUUUUACCAAAUGGGUUUUCUUUGGAGAAUUGGAUGCCAUCUAAUUGGCACCAGCUAGUCACCCAUGCCACUAUCUUUGGCAUCUUGGGGCUUAUAUGAGACAUGAAGCAUUGUCUCAGACGUAGCAGGAAAAGAGGAACCCAGUUCCCUUGGCUUCCCUCUUAAGAAAGCACACAUUCUGCCUGGAAGUUCAACUGCCAGCCUCUGGCGUGAGAGGAAAUAGCCCCAUCUUGAUAGAAGAUCUACUGUGAGUUUCAUCAUGGACUGGAGGAAAACCAGGAAACUGGAAAUAUUCCUCUGUGGCUUAUUUGGCCCCUUGCUGCACUAUCCUCACGGCAGCCACCUUGCCUGGCUGAAUCCAAAUUCCCUAGCUGGCCCUUACUAUUUGUCUUUGACAAGUGAAUAUAAGAGAUGGGACAUCCAUGUGAGAUACUCCUAAAUGGGAAUACAAGGCUCAAGGAGUUUAACUGAAUGGCUAAUAUCUGCCUUCCAAAGGGAUCCCACCUUCUGCAGAAGCUGCCCCUUUCCUACUAUCUUGACGGUCUGCAGUACGUAUCCCUUCAUUCGACAAGCACUUAUUGAGUGCUUACUGUGUACCAGUCACUAGAUUAAAAAAGAAAAUAAAAAGAUAAAACUUGGGCCCAUGAGUUCACAUUCUAUUGGGAAAUGUAAAUGUCCAUUAGAUGCACACUACAUUUGUGAUCGAGACCUUCCGGAUCAUACAAGAAAUAUAGCUGAAACCCAAGGAGCCAGCUAGAAAGAAGCCUUAGAUGUUCAAUACAUUGGGGGCAGAAGAUCUGGGAUCAAAUCAGAAUGGAGCCUGAAGGACUGUGGAAUCUUGCCUGUCUGGAGUGAGCACUUCCUGCCAUUUCUGAAAGUCCCUGUAGGACCAGUUUGCUGGCUGAGCUGUCUGGUGAGGCUGAAGUUUCAGGGCUCUGCAGAUCAGGGAUAUGUGGUGAGCCUCGGCCUAAGUGUUUGCUCUUCAGAUUCCUAGGUAGCACAAGACUUGAUCAGAGUCUACAAGCAUACUAACCUGGAUCACUCUGUUCCACCUAACCUACGAGUAGAUGCAUCUGAAUCUUCAUGUCAGAGUAUUUUCAUUUAGGUCCACGAGAUGGCCCAGAUAGCCCCCAAGAAAUCUUCUGUAUUCAUCUGAUAGCUUCCAGAAAUGACAGGGUCCUCCAUGCUAGAGACUAUUAUUGCUAUUGCUGCUAAUUCCAUGAGUUGUGAAGAACCCCAACCAACUCAGCUGUAAAAUAUGCAAUCAUACGGUGGGAAGAGGCUCUUGGUCCAAGGAUGGUGCUGAAAUCACUGCCUUAAGGUCUCCGCUGUGCAGAAUGAGGAGGCCCCAGAGCUAAGUGUUCUAACGUAGAAGGAAGGGAAGACUGGAUGGGCCUUCUUUGGACCUAUAUCUCUUCUGAACCCUAUCCUAAGCUCCAGUCCUGUGGCAAAGCUCAGACUUUUAAUGCCAUCUUAAUCUGAUGGUUGAGCCCUUAACUCUAUUUUCUGGUGCUGCCCAGCCAGUGCCUUCUGAUACGGAUGUUACUGGCUACUUGAGAAAAAGGAGAGGGGAGAAUACCUUCUUCUAUUCCAACUGCCUCAGACCCCCCCACAAAGGAAUUCUCGUCUCUUGUAAUUGUGGAUACCACCGUGAAUUUUAUUUGGAUCCUCAGCAGGUUGACUCUGGAGGUCUCUCAUGCUGUGACUUUUCGUUUCUUUUCCUGGGAUCCACCACCCUCUACUCUCGGUUGACUGCUGCAUUUCGCCCAGGUCUCCAGUUGCUUUCCUCCAGAAAGUGUGUUCACAUCUUGUGAGGUGGUGUUGCAGCCUCAGUUUUCCCUCUGGAGACUGGCACCCUGUUUACAGUUGCACACCUGGGCCUCUCACUGUGGGGAUCAAUCUUCUCAUAAAGGAAUCAUGGUUAUGUGGCAACUGCAGAAGGUUGAGCCUCCUCAUGGUGCUAUAACCCCUUGGGACGCUCAUCCAGACUUCUCUGAAGCAGAAAACCUGAAUCCCCCCCACACACACACUGCCCUAGAAUUUAUGGCAAAAGCAAAUCCACAGCAUUCUCUCCUACCUACACUUCUUGGCUGAGACUAUUGGAAUCCUUCAAAAAAGAAACGCUGGGUCCCAUCGCUAAUCUCAACCCUCAGAUAACCUUCAGAAGAUUCUAGCCUAAGACUGGAAUUUAGGCUAUACCCUUCCUCUCCAACUCUGCAACUCCAUCCCUCAUCAAAGCUGGCUAGUAAAUGACAUGGUUCAAUAUCCAACAUCAACCUAUGGGGAGUGCCACAAGUCCAGGCGAGGCUCCUCAGCAGAGUCCCUCUCGUUUCUGGAUGAAGAAGACCAAGUUUUGUCCACUGUAUUUGUUUUUCCAUCCCUGCCUAAGCACUAAAAAUAAAAUACUAGGUAAUUGGAGGCUAAUAUGGGACCUGGUGUAUGUACGCAUAUCUCUCUCUCUCUGUCUCUUUCUGUCCCUCUCUCUUGAGUUUGCUGUUUCCUAUCUUCCGAGGCUUCACUAAGUAAUUUUUUUAAAUCUACACUUUGUGGCUGCUCUACGGUGCUUAUCCCUAUCUUUAUGUAAACUCUUAUACCAAUGUCUUUUUUAUGUAGUUUAACCAUUGGGAAGCUAGAGGCUGGCAGGGAAGAAGAAUUUGCUAAAAGUUCAUGGGGGGACCCUACAAUGAAGUCCUUAUUGGUUGGUAUGCGAGGUUUUGAUCUUGAACUACCAACCUUUCCGCUAACCAAUCCAUAUUACUUAAGGAUUUAAGACAAAAUAGUGACUUUUUUUCUUUUUCAUUUCUUGCCUUCUGGCUUUCCUGGCUUGCAAGACUCCAAGUGGACCUAAUCUCUCCAUCUCUUCAUUUCUAGCUCCCGGAGACAAAGGAAUACCCGUUUUCAGUGGUCUAAGAGAUAAGUCUAUUUCCUGUAAUGUUCCAAAAGAGUAGGAAGGGAGAAGUGAUAGCCUGCUGUUUCUCAAAAACACCUCACACCAUCACCUAAGAAGGUGCCCAUAUACAGAAACCCUGCAUAUAUAUGUGAAAUUUGCCUCCAAACAAGGGAAAAAGAAUAGGGCCCAGUCCUGAAAACUGGGAUCAGGAAGACAAGCUACAUGAGACCUUAAGGGUUCUUUAUUGCAGUGUUUGAGAGGGGAAGUUGUCCUAAUCACACGUUUAACACAGCUUUCAAGUGUUGAGGUAACCGGGAUCACCAAACGUAGCUCCUCGUCAAGCUUCAUUCUGUCUUCCCUUAGUGGAUGCUAGAUAAGCUGUGGCUAGUAGGCCAACACCAGGGAUGCCAUCAAAUGUGCUCUUGCAGAGGGUUUAUCAGUGGCAACAGAUACACUAAUGAAAUGCUGGUACACUCAUGAUGACAGUAAUAACUGAUUCACAGCCCCACUGAGGAUGCCAUAAGUAAUAAAACGAUCUUAGAGACACUCUGUUCCUGAAGGCUAAAGCCUGAAGAUACUGCCCUUUAUAAUCCAAUCAGCCUUAUAUAUUCAUGAGCCCUCAAUCACUCCAACCAGCAGGGAUACAUGGGGCCACCAACCUGACUCUCCCCCCAAUGCCAGGGUGCACGUGUGCACGUCUGCCCAGCCAGGACCAGCCACGGACCCUGGGAAAGGUGGAAGUAAACUAGAAGGUGGUAAAGUCCUGAAGUAAAGAAACAGUCAAAGUUUGGAAGCUGCAGGGAGACCAAGACAAUUGAAAAUUAACCCUAGGUCCUCUCAGCUUGAUGUUUUGACCAUCAUUCUUAAUGACUGUGCCAUGGAUAAUUUACUGUGGCAAGGGUGGUCAUGAUGACAAGUGAACCUCUGGUUCACUGACUCAACCCUUUUCAUUUCUCAAAGCAGCAGUUUUCAAAGUGUGGUCCCAAAUCAGCAGCAUCUGGGAAUGUGUUAAAAAUAAUAUUCUCAGGCCCCAUCCCAGACCUACUGGAACAGCAACUCUGGGAAUAGGACCAAGGAAUCUGUGUUUUAACAAACCUUCCCAGUGAUUCUGACGCACACUAAGAUUGAGAUUCACUGUUUUAGAGGGAAAGCCAACUAUCAGUCCCAACACUGAGGGGCUUUCAGACCGAAACUAAAGAAGGUCCCAGGUGACAACUCAGACAUCAUAAUUAAUUUCAAAGUUGCCUUUUUCAUGCUUGUGUUUGUUUUUCAUCUUAUUUUAACAAAGAAAAGAUAGGUGUGCUUCAGGGCAGAAGUUAGGAGAGUGUGUCUUUCCUAGUUGAACACAACCAUCGGUGAAAAAUCUCACAUCUCUGAAAUGUCUACCUGGCAAACUAAAGGGCUUCAACAGAGAAAAGUAGUUGGAAGUCUCUUCCAGAUUGCUCUUCUCUUGGGUUAUAUGUGUCUGCUCUGAACCUUUUUCUGAUUAUGUAAUAAGAUGCAAAAAGUAAAAAAACAAACAAAAAUCUAA